CCAAAACAGACAGAUAGGGAGGGUCAGACGGAGUCAGUGUGUGUGUCAGACUGUGAGAGAUAACCAGAGUUGGUCUCAGGAUGCCUGCGUACUCCACCAACAUGAGGAUGAAGUUCCCAAUUGUGGCCUUGGUUUUGGAGAUUAUCACCAUCAUCCUGUUUGCAGUGUUUGUGGUCUAUGAUGAUGGGAAAACCAGUCAUGGGCACGAGCCCGAGCCUCACCCACACUCCAAUGACACUCAUCAAGAUCACCAUGAAGAGCCGGCGCCCAUGAACCUCUACCCCAUGUUUCAGGAUGUCCACGUCAUGAUCUUCAUCGGCUUUGGCUUCUUGAUGACCUUCUUGAAGAGAUACGGGUUCAGCAGCGUGGGUGUCAACUUACUCCUGGCUGCCUUCGGCCUGCAGUGGGGCCUCCUCAUGCAGGGCAUCUGGCACCUGGACGAUGGCAAGAUCAAAGUCAGCAUUUUCAAAAUAAUCAACGCAGACUUCAGCACAGCUACAGUCCUGAUCUCCUUUGGAGCCGUUCUGGGUAAAACCAGCCCUGUGCAGCUCCUCAUAAUGACUGUUCUGGAGAUCACCAUCUUCGCCAUCAAUGAACAUCUGGUUGCCGAAGUCCUUGGCGCUAAUGACGUUGGAGCAUCCAUGAUCAUCCACGCUUACGGAGCCUACUUUGGCCUGGCAGUGGCUCGAGUACUUUACAGGCCAGGUUUAAGAAACGGACAUGAGAACGAUGGAUCUGUUUACCACUCUGAUAUGUUUGCUAUGAUUGGAACUGUCUUCUUGUGGAUGUUCUGGCCCAGUUUUAACUCUGCCAUCGCUGAUCCGGGCUUCACUCAGCUCACAGCAGUGAUCAACACCUACCUCUCCCUGGCUGCAUGUGUGCUCUCUGCCUACGCCAUAUCCAGCCUCGUGGAGCACAAAGGGAAACUGGACAUGGUGCACAUUCAGAAUGCCACCUUGGCUGGUGGCGUUGCUGUGGGAACAUGUGCUGACAUGAACAUCGGGCCAUUUGGGGCAAUGCUGAUUGGAUUUGUGGCUGGCAUCAUCUCUACCCUGGGCUUCAAGUACCUAACUCCCAUCCUGGCAUCCAACCUGGGAAUCCAGGAUACCUGCGGUGUCCACAAUCUGCACGGCAUGCCUGGCAUCCUGGGUGGGCUGGCUGGUAUCGUGGCUGUGGCUUUGGGGAAAAAAGAAGGAGGUGAUGCUGCCAUGCAAGCUGCUGCCUUGGCUUCAUCCCUCGGGUUCGCCUUGGUUGGAGGUGCUGUUACAGGUUUUAUAAUGAAGUUGCCGUUCUGGGGCCAGCCUCCAGACCAGAACUGCUUCGAUGACUCUAUUUACUGGGAGGUUCCUGAGGAAGAGGAGGAGAAUGAGGAGAGCCUGGCUCAUGCUGAACAUUCAAAGAACAAAGCAGAGGUUUAAAUAUCUGCUCAGUCCACUGAGAUAGACCACUGACCCCCUAUACCACAUCCCUACACCAAUUUGUCAAAUAUAUUAAUGUGACUUUUAAGAAAAACUAAAAAAAAUUGCUCUAAGCACAAACACGAGUCCAUUUUGAAACUGUUUUGUUAGCAAAUAUAUCUACAGCCAGUACAGUUCAAAUUUGUAUUUAGGAUGCACAGUGAAAUUUACAAAAUAGAAUCUCCAAAAUAUACAUUAAUAAUUGUUAACAAAAAAAUUGAUCAGUCCCACUCACACUAAGAAAAAACCCUUCAAGAAUUUGAAACAGGGACCUUCAGGGAUUUUUUUUACACUGAAAAUUGUGAUCAAUGAUUUCAAAACUGUGAGUCACGUCAAAGAUUCACUGAAUACACUUUCUAAGCUUUUUCUUUAUUACGUUUUUAUAUAAUAAAAAACAUUAAAGCAUGUUUAAAAUAUUAGCAUUGUGUGUAUUUCUCCUCAUACAUUCUUUUAUACUUCUAUUCACCUGGCAUAUGUAUUUCUGCAGAGGCUUUCAGGUCAAAGAGAGGCAUUAAACCUGCUUUGAUCUACUGCUUCACAUCACUUCACUGGAGCCCAGUCCUUCUGUAAGGAGUCAGAGUCAGACUGUGUGAAACCAGCAGUGAGGCUCUGACAUGGGCAGGGAUAGUCGCAUGAUAUCUUACUAAUGAAGCCUUAACUUGCUCAUCUCCCACUGCUUACAAUAACUUUCUAUCCAUCUGAGGGCAGCUGUACAAUUUCUUUAAAGCAAUGAAGACGACUGCUUUUAGCUUUAGAUUUGUUGUCACAGGGCGAGUUUGAGAUCUUUCUGAUUUCUAUUCCAUCUGAUGUUAUCUUACAUGUACAUACACUUUGGCUUUUAUGGAUUUACAUGGUCAGCUUAUUCUAUCUUUUUUAUACCAGUUUUCUGUAUAGGUGACUGACUUUUGGAUUAUUUUUCAUUCUGAUUUUUGAAGUGUCACACCAGCAACACACCUCCUGUAUAUCAAAGGAUUAGAGAGCAGCCCUUUCUUGCUUCUCAAUGUCUUUUUGAGCUGUACAGGCGGCACGACAGGUAUUUAAGUGUUUAACAAUACAACACACAGAAGGACUGGGGGGCUAGAUUGAACUGACUACACAUACAGUGAUGUUAAUCAAAAUUUUUGUUUUUUAAAUGAUUUAUGAUGAUCAGAAUGCAUCAGCAUAUUGUAUUUUUAUACAGUGGACAUAUGCCUGUAUUGUAUGAUAAACUAAUACUGUCCUAAUAAAUAUGUUUUUGUA